AUGGAGGUGCCUCGCCUGGACCAUCCCCGGAGCAGCCCGGCCAGCCCCUGCGAGGAUGUCCUCAAGAACCUCAGCCUGGAGGCGAUUCAGCUGUGCGACCGGGACGGGAAUAAAUCACAAGACAGCGGGAUUGCAGAGAUGGAAGAGCUCCCGGUUCCACACAACAUCAAGAUUAGCAACAUCACUUGUGAUUCUUUCAAGAUUUCGUGGGACAUGGAUUCCAAAUCCAAGGAACGCAUCACUCACUAUUUCAUUGAUCUAAAUAAGAAAGAAAACAAGAAUUCCAACAAGUUUAAGCACAAGGACGUGCCUACGAAACUAGUGGCGAAAGCGGUUCCCCUGCCGAUGACUGUCCGUGGCCACUGGUUCCUGAGCCCACGGACCGAGUACACAGUUGCUGUCCAGACGGCAUCAAAGCAAGUUGACGGGGAUUACACGGUUUCAGAAUGGAGCGAGAUUAUAGAAUUCUGUACAGCAGAUUAUUCCAAGGUUCACUUAACACAACUUUUGGAAAAAGCAGAAGUGAUUGCAGGGCGCAUGCUUAAAUUUUCAGUCUUUUAUCGGAAUCAGCACAAAGAAUACUUUGACUACAUCAGGGAGCAGCAUGGAAGCGUCCUCCAGCCUUCAGUUAAGGAUAACAGUGGCAGUCACGGCUCUCCUAUCAGUGGGAAGCUGGAGGGGAUCUUCUUUAGCUGCAACACUGAAUUCAACACCGGAAAGCCCCCCCAAGAUUCGCCUUACGGAAGAUACAGGUUUGAAGUUGCAGCCGAGAAACUUUUCAACCCAAACAGUAACUUGUACUUCGGGGACUUCUACUGCAUGUACACGGCCUACCACUACGUCAUUCUUGUGCUUGCCCCAGUCGGCUCGCUGGGGGACGAAUUCUGUAAGCAGCGCCUCCCUCAGCUGAACUUGCAGGAUAACAAAUUUCUGACCUGCACUGAAGAAGACGGGGUCAUGGUUUACCACCACGCACAAGAUGUCAUCUUGGAAGUGAUUUACACUGACCCGGUAAAUCUCUCCCUCGGCACAGUGGCGGAAAUUACCGGCCAUCAACUAAUGAGCUUGUCCACUGCCAACGCUAAGAAAGAUCCAAGCUGCAAGACGUGUAACAUCAGUGUGGGACGUUAAUUGCAACCUCUGCCCUUCCUUAGGAACCUCCUGUUGCCUAUUCCCAUUGUCAGCCAUUCACAACAGACGCAUGAAUAAGGCCAUUCUUCCCAGAAGCAAGCACCGGUGGUCCGAUUCUUCGAUCAUUCUUCUACGAGCAGAGCUACAUGUUCCAGCCAGUGUGGGGCAGCUCCCUGAGUCGCGCCCUGUGAGGUAUCUUUUCCCCCUCCCGCCCUACAGCCUUUCAGGCAAGCAUGCUGACCUGUGUGAUUUUCGUCCCCUCCGCUUGUACGCUCUCCCUGCUCCAGCUGGAUGCCGCUGGCGGGCGCACAGGACGGGAUCGCACUGCCGCGCAGGUCAGCGCGGCCCCGUGUCAUGGGGAAGAAAGGGGAAGAGCUCCGCACGGACACAGUAUUAUCUGCAGCCGCCCUGUGUAGCAUGUAGUUCUGCCCUUGGUAUUUCUUCCCACCUCCCUUCCCUUCUGCUUUCAACUGUUCAAAAUCUUGGGUUUUUUUUUUUAAUGUUUGGUUUUUUUCUAGCAACCAUUUACAUACCUAGGUGCUGCAAUUGGUGUUAAUUUGUCCCCCCUCUCUCCAUACUGCCAAAUGUAACAAAUCUAUAUAAACAAGCUUGAGUGAAAUAAAAGAUUCCUGGCUUCUAAAUGGUAUUUAAAUAUGCAUUCAUUUUAACCUACUGAACAACUUAACUGGAAUAUUUCUAAACAGCAUGAACAGGUGUAACUGCAGCAUGACUAACUCUCACAGCCUAGAAAAAAAAUGUCAGCACUUCCAAUGUGUUGUUUGACAGUGUUAUUUAUGUUAUUUAUAUGAGCUAACAAACAAA